AUGAUGCCCCUGAUUCAAUAUGAUGCUAUUUCCGUUCUCUGUAACGUCUUCUAUCUGGAAGAAAUCCAUUUCAUCCAGUUUACUGCCACCGAAUUCUGCGCGGUGGUCGCUUGGUACGAAGAUUUCAUUAAAAACGCGGCUAUAAUUGCAAUUAUUGUUUGCUUGGAUGUGUCAACUGUACUUCGUGUUCACCACCUUACGAAAAAGAUCCGAUCCCGAAGUGUUCAGGAUCAAAACAAGUUCACCGCCCGUGAUAUUCGAUUCCUCAAGCAGACAGUUUUCCAAGGUUCUGUGUUUCUUUCGGAACUUCUAACCUACUUUUUCAUUCCACAAUACUUUGAAAACCAAUGGAUCAUAUUCUUCGGAACUUCUUUUUCUUGGGUUGCGAUUCAUGCUGCAGAUGGAAUGGUUGUAAUGAUAUGUAAUCCUGAAGUCCGAAAGUUUCUAUUGGGAGAGAAGGCCGUCCAUCAACAAGCAGCAACUGAAACUGGAAUCAUUACUAUUUGA